AUGUCUCAAACCAUUACUGCUACUACUCCUGGCUACCGUCUCGGCUCUGGUGAAGAAUACAAGCCUGAAAAGAAAUUGGAAGAUUUCAAUAACUAUAAGUUUGCUCCUAUCAGAGAGUCACAAGUUAGUCGCGAAAUGGUUACCCGUUACAUGAAUGAUAUGCUCUACUAUGCUGAAUCCGAUGUCGUUAUUGUUGGUGCUGGUAGUGCUAACCUCUCUUGUGCCUGGGAAUUGUCCAAGGACCCUAACUUGAAGAUUGCUAUCAUUGAACAAAACGUUGCUCCCGGUGGUGGUUGUUGGUUAGGUGGUCAACUCUUUUCUCCUAUGGUUGUCCGUAAGCCUGCCCACAAGUUCCUUGAUGAACUCGAAAUCCCUUAUGAUGAAAAGGAUAAUUAUGUUGUCGUCAAGCAUGCCGCUUUGUUUACCUCAACUUGUUUGGCCAAGGUUCUCGCUCGUCCUAAUGUCAAGCUUUUCAAUGCCACUGCUGUUGAAGACCUUAUUGUCAAGCAAAACAAGGUCGCUGGUGUUGUCACUAACUGGACUCUUGUCGCUUUAAACCAUGAUACCCAAUCUUGUAUGGAUCCUAACGUUAUCGAAGCUAAGGUUGUUGUUUCCGGUUGUGGUCACGACGGACCUAUGGGUGCCAGUGGUGUCAAGCGUUUGGAAUCCAUUGGCUUGAUCAAGGAAAAGAAGGGUAUGCUCUCUCUUGACAUGAACGCUGCUGAAGAUGAUAUUGUCAAGUAUACUCGUGAAGUCGUUCCUGGUAUGGUCGUUACUGGUAUGGAACUUGCUGAACUUGAUGGUGCUCCUAGAAUGGGUCCUACAUUCGGUGCUAUGCUCAUCUCUGGCCAAAAGGCUGCUUAUGCUGCUCGCGAGUCCCUCAAGAGACAAGCUGAACAAGCUUAA